GGGCAGAAACUGCGCCCAGUCCCGGCGCCGCGCUCGGCCGCGGAGGAGGCGGACCGGCCCGGGCUGCGGCGGCGCUGCGCCCGCCAAGGGGAGGCCGAGCCUGCCAAGCUGGCGCCCGGCGGGGCCAUGGUGGCCGGCGCCUGCGGCGGCUGCGAGCUGGCGGGGGUUGCCCAGCGCGGCCUCCUGGCCCUGCUGCUCGUGGUUUCCGCCCCGCUCCGGCUGCAGGCGGAGGAGCUGGGUGAUGGCUGUGGGCACAUAGUGACCUAUCAGGACAGCGGCACCAUGACAUCUAAGAAUUAUCCAGGGACUUAUCCCAACCACACUGUUUGUGAAAAGACAAUCACAGUACCGAAGGGGAAGAGAUUGAUUCUGAGGUUAGGAGAUUUGGAUAUUGAGUCCCAGACCUGUGCUUCUGACUAUCUUCUCUUCACCAGCAAUUCUGAUCAGUAUGGACCGUAUUGUGGAACUAUGAAUGUUCCCAAAGAACUCUUGCUGAACACAAGUGAAGUAACGGUUCGCUUUGAAAGUGGAUCCCACAUUUCUGGACGGGGUUUUUUGCUGACCUAUGCCAGCAGCGACCAUCCAGAUUUAAUAACGUGCUUGGAACGAGCUAACCAUUAUUUGAUGACAGAAUACAGCAAAUUCUGCCCAGCUGGUUGUAAAGACAUAGCAGGAGACGUUUCUGGGAAUGUGGUGGAUGGAUAUAGAGAUACCUCUUUAUUGUGCAAAGCCGCCAUCCAUGCAGGAAUAAUUGCAGAUGAAUUGGGUGGUCAGAUCAGCGUGCUUCAGCGCAAAGGGAUAAGUCGAUAUGAAGGAGGCCUGGCCAAUGGUGUACUCUCAAGGGAAAUAGACUCUUCAGGUAAAAGUUACCUGUUUCUACAGGUGUUUCAGGGCAACUUUAAUUUUCGGGAUCCAGUAAGGAACAAUUUCAUCCCUCCCAUUGUGGCCAGAUAUGUGCGGGUUGUCCCCAAGAAGUGGCACCAAAGGAUAGCCUUAAAAGUGGAGCUCAUCGGUUGCCAGGUUACACAAGGUAAUGAUUCAUUGGUGUGGCGCAAAACAAGUCCAAAUUCGGUUGGUUCAACUAAAAGAGAAGAUGAGGCAAUCACAAAAGUCAUCCCCUCUGAAGAAAUGCCCGCUGAGUCAUCCUGCCACCUGUUGGCAGCUCAGGGUCUAAAUAGCCAGCUGUGUCGACUGCUCUGGGUCAUAAAUACUUUGUCAGUGCAGAUUAGAAAAGUGUGCCCAGACUGUUGGAAGCAGAUUAAAUAUCCCUUUGCCAGACAUCAGUCUGCUGAGUUUACCAUCAGCUAUGAUAAUGAAAAGGAGAUGACACAAAAGUUAGAUCUCAUCACAAGUGACAUGGUGGAUUACCAGCAGCCUCUCAUGAUUGGCACUGGGACAGUCACGAGGAAGGGCUCCACCUUCCGGCCAAUGGACACUGAGGCAGACCAGGCAGGGGCGAGUGCCGAGGCCUGCAGCCACUACGAUUGCCCUCCCUCCUCCGGCCGCCACGAGUAUGCACUGCCCUUGACCAACCCCGAGCCAGAGUACGCCACGCCCAUUGUGGAGCGGCACCUGGCCCGCGCGCACACCUUCUCGGCGCAGAGCCGCUACCGUGUGCCGGGGUUCCAGCAGGCGCACAAGCACUCCCUGUCUUCUGGCAGCUUCUCCCCAGCUGCAGUGGCAGCUGUUGCCAACAGCGCGGGCUACCAAAGGCCUCAGAGCCCCGCGCCCUCCGACCCAGGCUACGAUCAGCCCAAAGCCGGGGGCUGCUUAACCGCAGAGCGCGCAGAGCCGGACUAUCAGAAGCCCCAGAUGAAUGAUGCUUACUCAGCCCCCAGAGACUGCCUCAAGCCCCUCAACCAGACGGCCGUGACUGCUCUUCUGUGAACACAAUGUGAAAGAAACCUGCUGUGGUACUGAGCAUCGGGCUGUGUGCAGCUCUGAAGAAGAGAGAUGUGUGUGUGUGUGUGUGUGUGUGNAG